GACUGCGCAGGCGCAGCGCUCCGCUUCCGGGAACAGUUGCCAAGGCAACGGCGAAGGCCUGCUGAGGAGGUGGGCGAUGGAGGCCGACCCGAGAGACUGCUUCCUGGUGCUGAGCAACUUGGCGGAGGUGGUCGAGCGCGUCCUGGGCUUCCUGCCCGCCAAGGCGCUGCUGAGGGCGGCCUGUGUGUGUCAGUUGUGGAGAGAGUGUUCCCGCAGGAUCCUGAGGAGCCAGCAGAGCCUCGCCUGGGUCUCUACCGUGGAGCCAGGGCCCCCCAACAGCCACGCGCUCGUCCACGCCUUGGCAGAGGAGCUGGAGAAAGUUCAAGUCCUCCCACAGACCGUGUUGUAUAUAGCAGAUGCAGAGACUUUCACUGGGCACGAAGAGAGCCAUGGUCAUGGCCAAAAGAAAGCCCGUAGAAGAAACAGCAAGGAAAUAGCAGCUGCGUUAGAAAAGCUGUUGCCCAGCCGCUGCCAAGUUCUUGGACUGGUGACACCUGGAGUUGUAGUCACCCCAAUCGGGGCCCGAAGCAACCGGCCUCUGGAAAUCGAGGAUGGCGAAGCUGGUUUUGCAUUGUUGUUCCCCAAGAUCGACGGAGUGAAGAUUCAGACUUUUCACUUCUUCAAAGAUUUGAAGACCAGGGUCCCUGAUGAAAGUGUGUUUGCUGAGGCAGGCCUAAAGAAUAACCCUGACCUAAGAGUGGUCCUUCUGUUUGGGUACAACACCUGGAAGUCUGGAGCCACCCGGUUUCUGAACCAAAUAGUCAACCGCUUGAAUGAAAAAAGCAUCAUCUUGGCCGGUGGACAUGUGGAGAGCGUGACAUCACUGACCUCUGACACUAACUCUCAGGCUGCUGAGUCCUGUGGGGUUGUUGGCUUGGCUUUUAGCGGACCACAGAUCCAGAGCGCGUCUGUCCUCUUAGAUCAGGAUGUAGUGGAUGAGAGGACAGCCGAAGCUGCCAUGCAGCGCCUCAAGGCCGCAAACAUCCCCGAACACAACAGCCUUGGGUUCAUGUUUGCCUGCGUGGGCAGGGGGUACCAGCAUUACAAAACCAAGCAGAACCUGGAGGCCGAUGCUUUCCGCAAGUUCUUCCCCAACAUUCCUCUGUUCGGAUUUUUUGGACACGGGGAGAUUGGGUGCGAUCGGAUUGUGACUGGGAAUUUUAUUCUCCGGGAGUAUCACGACACCAAGGACGACCUGCUCCAUGCCUACACCACUGUCAUGACUCUGAUUCACUUGGGCUCUGCAAAAACAAAUCAGGUUUAAACCACUGUCUGUUAAUUGGAAGCCAGUCAUCAGGAGUUAUUUUAAACCCCAAAUCCCAUUCUUUUGGCCAAACCAAAUGUAUUUGCAAGGAUCCUUCGCCGGGUGGCUAAUCCAGUGUCUUGCAAGUUCCAGUUUACCCUCAAAAACACUUCCCACGCUGGAUUCAGAUUUCUUUUUUCCUCCACUUAUCCAAUAGGUUGUUUGUUGUGUUCCUCUUCAUCUGAAGCCUGAACAAUCCAUAGCUCUUCCUCUUGCUCCAUCUGGGAAAUGAGCUCUGGCUAUGGGACAAGAGAGUGCACAUUUUCUUAGAUUUCCCGCAUGGCCUCAUUGUAUAUGAAGCCCUUUGUUUUGGAUCCAGCAGGUCCUACUUCUCAAAACUCACAGGUCAUACAGCAAACCACACUUGGAUGACAAAUUUGUGUCUUUGCCUUGGACAAAGGGCAUCUUUCCUGGCUGCUUCUCCAGAGCAAAAGGAUGCUGGCAAAAACUCUCUUCUCCCCCUGAAUCUUGAAACCAGAAGACCCCUCUGAAGUCACUGUGCACCCGAGGGGUGCUUUUACCCCAGGCCUUUUCUCUCGUCUUGCUUAUAUACUUUCGUAUCUGCUGUAUAGCUCACUCCUGAGCACACUUUACUUGGAAGUCGGCCCCGCUGUUGGCAUCAGACCUGACUUCUCCUUCCUUUGACACCUACCGUUUAAGGUCACCUGUAGAAAAUGGAGACAGCGAGGAGAGUGCUGAGUUGCGGCAGCACAGAGAACGCUGAGUGAAUGUAACUUAACUAGUUGUUUUGUUUUCCAUCCUGAGACAGGCAUCAGCAACAUUUAAAAAAACCCACAGUUUUGCAUUGAGAUGGGAUAGAGAAACAGGAGAAGAAUCAUGUGGAUGCAAGAAAUUAAUCUCCCUUUCUGCUUGGUACUGAAAUCAAUGGCCAUAAUUUAUGGCUUGACAUAUUGUCUUAUGAUUGUACUGCCGUUCCCGUGAGAGUCAUACAGCUAAGUCUGAUUUUUUUUCUCCUCUAUUCCCAAAAAAGCACACUGCCAGGGAGCAAGAGGCAGAUUUUGGGUACUUGAGAGAGGAGGAGGGGAGUUUCAACUGCCUGCGGAAAUUGUAAACGGUUCUGAUUAUUUCUUCCUUGUCAAAAUGCUGUAUUGCUUCUAAAUACAGACUUCGGAACCCCUGUAUAAAAUUCCAGUGUUUUCUUUUG